GUCUUGAAUUCCUGAGCUCAAGUGAUCCUCCAGCCUUGGAUUCCAGAGUCCUAGGAUCACAGGUCUGGAGUUUAGAAAAUCCAAGGUUCAAAGGCUGAAUCUGGUCAAUUUCUGGUGAGGCCCUUGAACUACUUCAUAAUAUGGUGGAAGGCAUCACAGGUGGGCCUGACGGAUCCUUAUGUAGAUUCCUGAUUUUUGCCUUAUUAUUCCUUGGGCAAGUCAACACAACAGCUAAUUCUAUAUGAACAAAAUUCUCAACAAAUCUCGGACUUUUUCCAUUGCAAAUGUCAUUAGUUUACCUUUGGUUGAAUCUGGCACACCUGGAAUAUAUGUAUAUAGUUUGCUCAGUUAAAACAAUAAGAAACAAUGGUUGUCUCUGAAUCAAAGUGGAUAAAUAAAAGAAAAAUACUGUGUUUUUUUUCUUUUUUAUCCUCUUGUAUUCAAGAUCAAAAUAAGUUCAUACAUGAAGCUCACGAAACGACAAAAAAUUCUUGUAGGAAUAAUAAGGUGUCCAGAGAUGAGAACAAGUCUCUUAGAAAAGAAAACAAAUCACUCUGGGAAGAAAACAAAGCUCUUCAACAAGAAAAUAAAGCCUUCCGAAUGAACAAUCAGUUAAUCUGGGAGAGGAAUCAAUUACUGCGACAACAAAAUCAGAUCCUCUGGAAGUAUAAAAGUGUGAUUUUCGAGAGCCAAAAAGCAUUUGGAAAAAAAAUCAGUGCCUUGAACAGUGAAAGAAAGUCUUAUUGGAAACAGAAUCAAGCCCUGGAGGCUCAGGUCAAGGCUCUCUGGGAGCAGGAGAAAGCCUUCCGGAAUGAGGCCAGAGCUCUUCAUGAAGAAAUACAAUCUCUCCAUGAACAGAUCAAGGCCCUACAACACCAGGAGGCAGCAAUCAGACUGGAGGAACAGGCCCUGAUGAAGGAGGGAAUAGCUCUAGAGAUGGAAGAACAGGCUCUGUGGAAGGAGGAACAGGCCCUUCGUGAGGAGAACAAGGCUCUUAGACAAGAAAAAAUUGCUCUUCAAGAGGAAGAAAUUGCUUUGAGAGAAGAGAAAAAAGUCCUUGAGGAGUGGAAUAAACUUCUUCAGGAUAAAGACAACACAACAUGCUUGCUGGGAAGAUACACAGGAAUGAAAUAGCACAAAUGCGUGACUUGAAGAUGUAACCAAAAAGUAUGAAGAUGAUUGACAUUCCAGAAAAGAAAAACAAAAUAUUUUGAAGGUGAAAAACUAUUGUUGGAGUUGGAGUCAAAAGCCUGGGAAUUUACAGCACUCAGUGUUUGGUCCUCAAAACUAAAUAAAGUCCUGAAAAGUAAA